UCGAUCUGCAUCUCCUCAGCAAACGGGGUGUAGUUUUAGGCUAGUGGGUGCUUGCCAUUCUUAGCAGAGUCGUGCACAUGAUUUACCAGCAGACCAAUGGUACCAAAAUGCCAAUGAACUACUCCUUCGCUGCUCGUCUCUCCGUUCGUAUCUAGUUCCGCCAAACUCUUCCUCAUUUUUCGACCUCAAAAACCGAUGCAAGAAGUCUGUUUUACCCUACAGUUAGCAUUAUUGAGUUCAAUUUGUAAUGCAUAAUCUGUUGCAAUGCUAUGCUGGCUCUACGAAGACUAGUCUGUUCGGAGAAAUAAAACAAGCGAUGGCGGAGACGAAGAACGAUGGCCCCUCGGCCUCGAGGUCGCCUCCGCGAUCAAACAGCGCCGCGCGGCUUCUUCCCCCGAGCAAAUGGGUGGACGUCGGUGCUAUAAGGAAUACCAGACACCCCUGGUAUGGCUACGCACGCAAGUUGGCGGACUGGGGGAAGGGGGUGGCGGAAAAGGACGGAAAAAAAAUGUGGUGGAGGAUGCCACCAAAAACGCUAGAGGCGGCAGAAAAAAAAGGGAGCUAUACGUGUAGAGGCGUCGUUUCCAUCGAUUCGCGGCAUGCAGUGCCGCUCGCUGUGCCGAAAUCUGCGGAAAGAGGAAAACUACUUCGGAACCACCUCCUUGCCGAAAACAAUCGGGAGCGGAGAGAACUAGCCGCGAAGGCAGAAAACUACCAAUACCAGCUACAGCUGCAGAAUUGCAGGGCUUCCGCAUCAUCAUCGGCGUCGUCUUCAUCUUCCUCUUCGUCGACGAGUAGGCGCCGCCUGCAAGUCCCUGCCCAUUUCUACACCCGUGAAGACGCAGCCGAACCGUCGACGUGUUCUUCUUCGGCCUUCACAGCAAAAGCACCAAGCGGCGAAAAGCCACCGUUGUGGACGAUCGAGGACGGGUUGAAGUCAUCUGCUACGUACGCCCAACGCACAGCAAAUACGAUAUCGCGGGCGGCAGCGGAAGCGGCUCUAUCGGUGGAAGAUCUCGUGCUGCCGGCGAAUGUGCCAGCACCGACGAGCAACGACAUCCCGGAUGACGUUCAUUGCAUCGAGCUCAUCGAAAUAGUAUGCCGUGUCAAGAAGUUUCUUUCCUUGCCAUAGUUUCUGCCACCAUAUAACCGGAAUGAAAAUGGCAGGCACUAUGUGUAGUUUUAUGGGCCCAUAAUCCAAGGUUGGACUAGGGUGGCCGUUCCGUUUAGACUGACUUGUAUUGCUUUCAGCGCUCUUUUUUUGUAAGUGUAGAUCGUUGAAUUUGAAUAUAAGGGAUAAAAGAGGUGUAAAAGAUAAAGAGCAGGUACAAGUGAGGUAUAAAAGUAGAACAAGCCGACGGAAAGAAAACAACUGCACAGGGAUAAGUGAGUCAAGACAUCGAUAUAGAAACCCACCUCUUGCCUCCUAAAUUCGUCGCGAAACUUCACAAGCCGCACCGGUCCCACAAGGGAUUGCUAAAAUCGUUGAAAUGGUACAGAGGGAGUCACAGUGCGACACAGACAUUCGCGAACAUCUGCAAUCCAUCCGGUAUCACUUUCGUGUGUUUUGCUUUUUGAGAUUUUUUUUGAUCGUUGAUGGUGCUGUUGUAGCAUUUUCAAGCGAACACCCGAAUAUUCAAAGAUGUAUGAAUUUCUUGGAGCCUAUCUACGAGCACGAAAAACAUUCUCACCUACGAUACCGAUAUCUAUUCUAAUGUUCUUUGAAAACAGCAACGCAAACGGUCCUUUUUCAUAAAACAGCACACAACCAGUCAGAAUCGCCUUGGUUGUGCAGAAGUUUUUCCGAGGUACGAAAUUACUUCGACCGAGAACGAGACCUACUUGCCGCAUAUGCCCUCCGGGAUUCGGGAGAGAGCGAACUAUCGCGCGAAGACAUUUUGUUCAACGAGAUUUUUACCUAUUUCAAAGAGCGCGCCGUCUUGGUGUGGUUGUUACGACGAAUUCGAGAUGCAGAGCAGGGCAGCACCAGAAACAGUACCGCUGCUGCGGAUAACGCGAAUGGGAACCAGUGGACAAGCUCUAGUGCAAGGACUCUGCUCGAGAACGGCUACGCCAUGCGUUUGCUGAGUGAAAAAGGAGCAGAACGAUUGGAGAAUCAACGCGCAGCUCGUUUGACGAUAGUCGAACCGCAUCUUGAUUCGGGAAUCAAGACUGGAAGCACCAGAAGCGACCAUCACAACGAUGCACAAGUUACCUGCGCUGCCGAAUCAGAAGCAGCAGCGGCAGCAUGUGUUUCCCGAGUCAAGGAACGACACGAGCUGGACUCGCCACGACUAGCAGACGACCGCUCAAGGAUCAAGAGAGAACAAAAGCAAAAGCCUGAUGACGACGGUGCAUCGGCGUCCCUGUCCAGGCAGGCUGCGUUAAGCCAGCAUUAUUCAGCAGCGUCUUCUCUUCCUGAUUUUUACAAAAACGGAAAAACCAGCAUCAAGCAAGAGGAAACCUUGUCAGUGUCAACCAGCAUCGCUGGCGAAGCUCGUGAUGUGUUGAAAGCUAAAUCUUCGAGUUCUCCGGACGUUCGAUUCAAGGCAGAGGCAUCUCCCUUUGAAUACGUGAAGAGUGAAAGAUCCAUCAAGCGGGACCCAGACCUGAUCGCCACGAGUUCGGCCGAAGAGCGAGAUAACUCCGCUCACACGAUCCGAAUCAAGUGCGAGCCCACUUCACCCGGGGCCGCUGAUCGCCGCCGCAGCCCCACGAAGUGCGAGCCUGAGUACACGAGCAGAUGCGGAUGCGGUCCUGUGCGCAUUAAGAAAGAACUCACUUCACCAACACCGCCGGAGUCGCCACGCUUUCGGGCCAACGAAAAUCUCAUGUUCCACAACACUCCCGAGAAAGCAGGAGCAGUACGCAUCAAGAAGGAGCAGCAAUCGCCUGCUUUGUUGAGUCAUUUACCAGCCGCCUCAACUAACACGCAGGCAGAAAGUAUCGGCUUUUUUGGUCGUCCACUGCGACGAGUGAAGGAGGAGAGUGCAGCGCCCGUUCCCGUCAGUAGGUCUGCAAACAAAGCGACAGGUGAAACACAACAAAACGGAGGCGGGCAUUUGGUUGUUGACGAGAAAAGCGAAAAAAAGCAAUCAGAUUCGUCGCUUCCCUUCUGCGCGACCGCAGCUAAGCGUGAACGUCCACUGGAAACCGAGCACGAAGAUACCAGCAGCGAUCAAGGCGCUUCAACUUUUCAUCUUCCAGCGAAAGUACUAGAAGAGAGAAAGAUCAUAGCUUGCCGCCAGCUGAGCAACAUAGCUGAGCCACGACCCCGCAACUCUUCCGCGGUAACAGAUAAGGCCCAAGAAAAACAAGCUGAUCAGCGGCUUACCUCCUGCAUCCACGACACCAAGCACCCACCCGCGAAGGUUUUUCUGCAAAGCGACAACUACCCGGAGGUGAGCGGAUGGUAUUUCCUGACGCAUACCGUGACGCAGGUCGGGGGUCAGAUCUACCCGAUGUACAAAUCGGAUCUUGCCAGCAGUGGCAAGCCGGUUUUUACGCUUGGCGCAACGCAAACGGGGCGGGACGACGCAGCCGGCGUGGACCUGGUUCAAUGGGGGAUUUGUGGGCCACUCGGCACGAAAACGCUGUAUCCAAAGAGACAGGACCUCUUGUCCAAGAAGUUGAAAGAUCAUCAGAGCAAGCAUGCAGACGAGCACAAAAAACGUCAGCGCCGUCGCCGAGAGUCGCACGCCCCCGCCGACAACAAUUUUUUUUCGGCGGAGGUGGCCGAAAAAAAGCCAUGCAGGGUUUUAAACUGUUGUAUCGUAUCAUUAUGGCUUUUGGAUAAGUCGGUUUGUCUCCUGGAUAAGCUAGAGGGCCGCUGUAAUGCGCGUGCCGGGUCCGUGUCGCCUGCUCACCUUGUCAACGCGGCGUGGACUUGGUCGACCGGCAGCGAGAUAGUGACCGAAAGCUACGCGUGUGUCGUGGGCGUUUCGUCGCCCACUGCACUCGAGAUUUCCACGUUUCCCGUUUUUGGUCACACUCCGGGGCAGCAAGGAAAAGUGGAAAUUCCUCCGGCGACUGCGGAUCAACAGAUUGGCAUGCCGAAGGGACUCUUGUCCGCGUUUCUGAAGAAACAAAGUAUGUGGCUUUGUAGUGGUUUACUUUGGAGCUUGUGAUUUCUUGAUGAUGGUAGUUACUUUGGAGCUUGCGCAUCGUUCACUACAAAUUCAAACGGACGAAACGGUAUAUCACCAGGUAUCUGCUGCCGCAGAUUUUUCGAAGACGCGUACCAGGAACGUUUUCAUCGCGCUAAGCCGGCAGUAACCACAGGCGCUUCCUGCUGCCUCUGCUGCGCAUUCUUUCGACGCACGGAUACGAAAACUGCGGCCCAUGGCGAUCUGCACCGUGCCUGCUUCGGAAAUUCCGGAAAGUUGCCCCAGGGUAUGCACUGCUACAAUUUCCUGGAUCUGGAGGAGGUGGAGGCUGCGGAGAACUUUCUGGACGCCGAGUACAGGAGAAUGCGACUGCAGAUUGGCGUUGAAGUCGGUGAACAGGACAAGCAGUCCGCCAGUCCAAAAUUCCAAAAUUGCGGUAUCAAGCUGUCCAUGUACCAGGAGUUUUUGGCGAGAUUGGAGUACGAGCAGCAUUGGAGUAGCGAAGUGCAGGAGAACGGCUUGCAUUCAGUGGACCCCAACUCAAAUCACUGCUCAACAACAACUAGCAAAUGGUUUCCAGUGCCUUUCAAGCUCGAGCCAGCCUUCUUGCCAUAUCCAGACGGAAAAUGAUCGUUUGCCAUUGCCAGCGUUGACAACUGUUCCACAAGAGAACUACUUGCAUUGUCAGUGCGCCAUCAUGUGAAAAAAUAGAAGAUGCAUUUGGAAGGAUCGCUGCCCUCUCAUUCCUGUUUGAGCUGCUGUUGUAAUGCCUAGUGAGAAGAUGAAGACAGACUCUUACUACUUCACAAGUUGCGACGCGAUGGCAAGCGCGUUAGGAUAUUUUCCAAGUUCCAUACUAUUGGUUGCGGAUCUGGAGCGGCCUUCCCGCCAACGCUUGGCGCUCUCCGGAGAGCGUUCGAGAAGGACUUGGGAAAACGGUUCGCGCGAAGCAGGGAGUGCUCAUCCGGUAAAUGAGGUGCUGUUCAUGUAUGGGAACAAGCACCAGGAAUACAUAUUGAUUCAAUACAUAGAUCGGACUUUCAAUGUCCACGAAUUUUUCAAAUCACCAGAUUCUUCGCCGGCCUCCAGUGUGGACAGUACCAAUGAUUCUUCUCCAUCCUCCAAGAGCGAUGUCGUGUGGUCGCCCAGCGUACCGCUGCCGCGACCCCUGCCCCAUGCUAUUCCGAAUCUUCGCAGUCGCGGCAAGCCCAUCCGUCCAGAUAUGCGGGUAUUCUGUGCGCUUUGGUGUACUUUCAUUUGUUGACGGAGGUUGUGUCAUACUUACUUCAUCAGGUUUGAUCAACUAUUAUGCUCUUUGUCGAUUUUUUCGAUAUUUAUAAUACCUUUUUGGAUUUGCAUUUGGAUUUGUCGUGUUCGUCGUUGCAUGCUGAAAAUAAAUCCGGAAACAAACUGUUAAUUACUACCGCACAUCAGGGAAUUACUUAUGUUCCCGGCUGGAAGUAUAUGAAGUUGUUCUUGCUCGAGAAGGCGAGUUCGAAGGAUAAGCUUGACGAUGAACACGCACGAAGAGGGUUGGUGAGCUACGAAGACCAAGAUAAUGUCUACGUGAUGAAGAAGAAAGUGUUCGGCACGCGUAAGGUCCCAGUACCAUCAAAGGACCCAGCGGAAUACGAUUGCUGGCGUGUGCAGUUUAAGCACAGGGAAGUGGGAAAGAAGACAACGCGGAGGAUGAAGCGGUAUAAAAGAUGACUCGAACAAACAAAAGGAGUUUGAUUUACGCCGCAUAUUUGCAUGCGCUUCCUUGGGUGCAAGGGACAUGCACAUGAUCGAAGUGUGCAUUUGAUGAAUGUUUAGGCCUUUUUCCCAAGAAUACAUGCUCAUGAAGCAAGCUAGCGCUAGAGGACAUAAAAACAAAAGGUUUUUUUUCGUCGCGCCGAAGUUCCGCAAGCUUCGUGCUGCAGCCUCGGAAAAGGGACUUCCAGCACCGACCCGAUGCGACGCAAAAGCAGCUGCAUUAGAAGACGCAAAGCGUAUUAUAUUAAUUUGCUCUGCAGUCGAAGGAGCGGAUAGUUGAGCCUGUCAUGCAUUGAUGAGAUGAGAAACAAAUGGUCCCUGUGCUCCGGAAACAGAGUUCUACAAGGUGAUCACUCCAUCUACACAAAUACACCCGCUCGGCUAGACGGCGCCAGAACUAAGUCCUAUGGUUAGCUUAAGACAGGAGUAUCUUAGUAGAAGAUACAAGCUGACCAUAGAGGUUUCCUCCUCCUCCUCUACUUACACAAAUACUAAUACACCACAGUGUUUCGACGGCUUGCGUUGAACGUGUCGGGAGCAGCGCAGCCAGGGAAAUCGAAACACGCGCAUACCAAGUCCAACACCGGCGUGUCCGGGGUAACCCAGUUUUCGAUGAAGCAAAAAAGAAAACGUAAUCGAGGAGCAAUCGUAGGAGCGUUCAAACGAAUGAAAAAGGCGAUCCUCAGAAGGUACAAGGUGAACAUGAACACCAAACAGCCAAUGAAAAAUUGGCAAAAGCAGCGAAAGUGUAGAACGAAGGCUCAGAAGGCAGGCAUAAUUCAGGUAAGCUAUUGUUCGCAACGAUAUAUAAAUUUUGUAUGUCUGUGCAAGACUAUGACUACAUAUUGCCGCGUGUUGUCUUCUAGAUAAAUUGACUCACUCAACAGCAGUAAAGGCCAAAAACGUUUAAUGAAAUUUGGAAAAAAAAAAACUUACAGCUCAUGGCGCGAUGGAGACAGGCGAAAAUGGAGCGCGUGGAUCACCCUGGCCGCUCGGGACGAAUGCAACGUCACAUCAAGAAGACCACCAUCGACCCGCUCCGCAAGAAAAUUGUGGCCCAGGGGAAAACGCUCUUCGAUUUCCGGAAAGUGGCGAAGAAGCUGUUGAAGCCCCGGCGCGCAGCAGUGGCUACCAAGAAGUCGGAGCUGUUCGUGCCGAGUUCUUCCACCCGGAGAAAAGCGGAGGUUGCUGCCGGGUCUGUGCCGCAUGUCCGACCAGCACACCAGCCUACCAUGGAUCCACGUGAGUUUCGAUUCGUCGGACCAACAACCAAACUGCCGAAGACGCGGGACAUGUCGAAGGGGUUCCGACGCUCCUGA